AUGAUCUUCCGUCCUUGCAAGCAUAGGCUUCGAAGUACGCAGCGCCGGGCGUUGACUAUUGGUAUAAACUACUUUUCGCUUACUCCAGGCCAGGGACGGCUAUCAGGCUGCAUCAAUGAUUCUGAGACCAUGAUCGCCGUCUUGAAGGACACUUUCAAGUUCGAGGAUGGACAAAUAUGCCGCUUGCGUGACGACCGCACAAACAUGAUGCCCACCAAGGCCAACAUGCUUGCUGCCAUGCAUUGGCUGACUCAGGGAGUCGGGAGUGGAGAUGAGUUGUUUCUCCACUACAGCGGUCAUGGUGGUCGUGCAGACGAUCGGAGCGGAGACGAACUGACUGGCAAGGAUGACACACUGAUCCCUUGUGACUUCCAAACCGCAGGGCAGAUUAGCGAUGAUCAGCUCCACAGCUUACUGGUGGAGCACCUGCCAGAGGGAUGCCGACUGUGGGUAAUCUUUGACUGCUGCCACAGCGGCUCUGCGCUGGAUCUCGCCUUCAAGGUUCACGCAGCCGCGGAUUCAAAGAAGCUGCGGUGUACGAAGCUCAGGAGUCGAUACCGGCGUCCAAGCGGUCGGCCGUCCAAACCGGCCAACGGGGAGGUCGUGAUGAUCUCCGGCUGCACGGACGACCAAACAAGCGCAGAUAUACAGCCUGUGCCCCAGCAACUGGUCACAAUGCAGCAGGGGCCAUGA